AUGUCUAGAGGUUGGCCAGCUCCCAAGCCACGCUACGCUACUGUUCGCACGCUUUUCCAUCCCCAUUAUCACGGCGCUUCCGCCGUUGUAAUUGACUCGGAGGCGCUGGUUCUCUUCUUUCCGGCCCCCGCCACCGUGACGGGCGAGGACGUGUUGGAGCUCCACGUCCACGGCGGCGCCGCCACCGUCAAGGCCGUCCUCGCCGCCAUCCAUAGCUGCUCGUCCUCGAUCUCUGGCAUCCGCCACGCUGAGCCCGGCGAAUUCACCAAGCGCGCCUUUCUCCACGACCGCCUGGACCUGGCGCAGGUCGAGUCGCUCAGCGACGCCCUCGCCGCCGAGACGGAGCAGCAGCGGCGCGCCGCUGUGCGGGGCACCUCGGGCGCCCUAGGCCGCACGUAUGAAGCGUGGCGGCAGCAGCUGCUGUUGGCGCGCGGCGAGCUCGAGGCGCUGAUUGAUUUCGCCGAGGACCAGCACUUUGACGAGUCGCCGGAAGAUCUACUAGGAAGUGUGCGCGGCCAGGUCGAGGAUAUGCUGCACGGCAUCAGGCUACACGAGAGGGGCAGCGAAAAGAGCGAGCUACUGCGGAAUGGUAUCAAGAUUGCAUUAGUAGGGCCGCCCAAUGCAGGCAAGAGCUCGUUGAUGAAUUUGAUCGUUGGACGCGAGGCGUCAAUUGUGUCGGGCGAGGCGGGCACUACGAGAGAUGUGGUCGAGGCGAGCCUGGAUAUUAGAGGGUAUCUGUGCUCGUUUGCGGACACAGCGGGCUUUAGGGCGAGAGAGGAGGGGAGCGAGAUUGGCAUUGUGGAGGAGGAAGGCAUUCGGCGAGCGAAGAACAAGGCAAAGGAGGCGGAUGUCGUGGCGGUGCUGGCGUCUGUUGAGAGGAACAGCAGUGGCGAUGUGUAUAUUCGAUAUGACGAGCAGACGCUUGAACUUGCGGCAGAGGCGGACAGCUGUCUUGUGCUUGUCAACAAGAGAGACGCCGUGGAUGAAGAGACACUGCAGACUUUGCUGUCAGGGUUUCGCAGAACACUACAGAACAAAAGCGGUAAGUUGAACGGCAUCAAGAUACACACCGUGUCCUGCAGAGACGCACAUGACAUCGUCGUCGGGAACACGGACCCCGGCGGCGUCCACGGCGUCAUUGACGCGCUGUGCGACAACUUCGCGUCCAUGACGACGCUGCCCGCUGACCAGCAAGACCUGCUCGGCGUGACGGAGCGCCAGCGGCAGUUGCUUGCCGACUGCCGGGGCUAUCUAGAGGAAUUUGUACUGGAGGCUUCGCGCGGGCAGCAUGAUGAUGAUGAUGGCCUCGAGGCGGACAGCGUGCUGGCGGCCGAGUUUCUGCGGUAUGCGGCGGACUGUCUGGCGCGCAUCACAGGACGAGGUGAGGGAGGCGACGUGGAGGAGGUCUUGGGUGUUGUAUUUGAAAAAUUUUGCGUGGGAAAGUAG